AUGACUACCUGGCAAGAAUUCGCCCAAUACCAGGCGUCCAAGGAGCCUUUCCUCAAAAGGAUCACCACACUGCAAGGAUUUUACAAUGCCUGUACCGACUCCGCAUUCCUUGCCAUUAGCAUCAAGGAUAUCAAGAAGACAAGCGACUCUGAUCGUGUCCUCGCUCAAGUUGGAUUGGCCUAUCUGCCAUCAUUGGAGCCAGGUGAACAUCUUGAAUGCAGUUCAGCAAACAUGCCAAGUCUGGUUCAGUUCUACAACCACAAACGCGUCAAGGCCUUGACCCUGAAUGUCCGCAUUCCCAAGGACGAAAUGCGUCAGAUUCUGGCGAAUGGAGAGAUGCCUGUUCGUCGCGAUGUUCGGUUUGGUCAGCACCAGGACGGGGUCCUUACUGAAUACUUGGAUGCUUCAAUCUCCGGUUUCCUCGAUGGCUGUCUUCAUAAUUCUCACAAAAAAGACCGCAAACUUGUCUGUGUCGGCUUCAAUGAUAAGGCGUGGACCUACAUGCGAAAUUAUUUCCCCAACGCCCUGUACUAUUUCUCGGCCUAUAUGGAUCUUCGGGACAUCGUCAGAGAGGCGACGCCAAACACUGGACACAUACCGUCAUUGAAGAAGUGCCUUGAACUGUUCCACUUCAACGGGGAAUUAACACGCACCGAAAAGGUUGGGGAAAAGACUGACAACGCAGGAGAACAUGCCGUCGGCGUCUGUGCUUUCGCGACUAUCCUACUUUCUGAAGAGAACCAAGAGAUGUUCAAAUAUCGCAUGGAAUGUGCCACUAUGGCGCGUCAUUGGGAACACAAGAGAAUCCGCCGGAGAUUCACAGCUGAGGCGAGAUUCCUGGUCUCUGUUUGCACUGCAGCCAGAGAGGCUUUGCCUUACGAGCUCAAGACAAGUUGGAGAAUCGCCCAGCACUUCCACCCCUGGAAUCCCAAAUAUGCUGUGAGGGCAUCUCGGACUGAGGCUUACGCUCAGUUCCAAAACAAGCCCGACAUGGAGAUGUUCAUCAGAGACAUGAAUGGAGCGGUCUACCCCUCUGGCGAGAUACUGUCUGUUAAGACUUACGAACAGAGAGAGGAGGAGCUUGAGGAGGAAUCGGGACAGGAAGAUUGCGACAAUGAAGAGGAGGAGGACCAGCAGGAAUCGGGUCAGCAACCAGAGGACCAUCAGCAAGGAUUGGGCCAGCAGGAGGAGACCCACGAGCACGCAGGUGACAAGCAGGAAGACAACACACAGCCGGCACGUCUUGAAAAGUCCCAACAGCAGUACUGUGAACGCCCCGACAAAACAUGGAUCUUCCAAGAAGUGGAACAGUUCCUGGAGCGGGUGAAGAAUUGGACAUACCCAAGUGCAAGGGAAAUGACUAACCCUCAAGAGACCGAGGGGGAGGAUAACAAUGUGGAGACGGAACAACAGGGAUGGGGUCAGCCGGAAUGGUGUCGGCAACAGGAGAUCAAUCGGCUCACAUCUCUUCGGCAGAAAGAGGACCAAUACUGGGACCAGAAGGAAGAUUGGGCACAGCCGCCAAAAUGGGACUUCCAAGAGAAGGAAAAUCAGCAACAAGAGAUCCAGGAGAGGACUGCUUGGAACUCAGCAAGGGAGGUUUGGCCGCGGUACGAGGGGGAGUCCUCAGAGGAGGAGACUUCGGAGGAGACUUCGGAGGAGGAGAGUGAAGAGGAACAGGUGAACGACAAAGAACAAGUGGAAGAGGAGGAGGAUAACCUCCACGCUUCAGGAUGGUUUGGAGAGGAUGAGAUGCCUGAGCUCGUAGAAGCCAAUCCUGAGACUGAUUGGGAGGUUAUUUCUGACUAG